GAGUACUAACUACCCUCCAACUCCACACAAUUUAUAACAAACAAAGCAGAGUGAAGGAGCUAACGAUUAACAGUGAAGAGUUAGAGAGAUGGAGAACAAAUUAUACUUCAUAGUGGUCAUUGUGUGUCUAUUGCAACUGUCCACCUCUGUCAUCUUACAGGAUACCCAAGCAGCUGAGGCGACCACAGUGGAGUGUCAGGAGUCAGAGUACCGAGUAAUGGAGGGUCAGAGUGUGCAAGUGUGCCUCCAGUUCACAGGACCACUCUCCAUUGAUGAAGAUGAAGAGAACCUUUUUGUGGUAGCUAAUGUCUUCACUCAACCUAUCACUGCCGAUGUAUCUGACUUUGGGGCUACCAAUUUGAGCUCCAUUAUGACUUUCAGUAUGACCUUUUCCCCUAAUACUCGAGGGUUGUUUUCGUUGCCUUGUGUUGAGGUGGUGAGCCGUAUGGGCGAUGUUCGUGAGGGUGUGAGGGUUGUGAUAGCACAGCAAAAACCUCACGAAUCACUCCGCAACUGUACAGUGUAUAUUAGGGACAAGGGAGAGACCACCACGUCAGGUUCUACUGAAGUGUCAUCCACUGGGGGAAUCCCCCAAUCACAGGGCACAGUCGGUGCUAUUGCUGGAGGUGUGGUGGGUACUCUCAUUGGAUUGGUCGGAAUCACUGUCGCCAUAGUAACUCUCGUAGUGAUGUUCUGUUGCUGUCACCUAAAGGACAAGAAUUUAGACUCUGACAAGUGUAGGCCUAAACCAGUGGUAUACAACAGGAGGAGUGAUUCCAGUGGUUCAGAGGUCGGUGUGGUCACACCCACUAGAAGGGGAGAGCUUGUCGCUGUACCAAUGGACAACCCAGUCUACAAUGAAGAAAUGCAAGGAUAUGUGGCAGAAGACCCUCCCCCCUCCAGUCCAAUCUAUAGCAAUGUAUCUCACGAGACACUCCCGGAGGACUAUGAGAUACCCCUCCCAUUGACCAAUCAGAAUUCAGUCGACCAGACUGCCCUCCCCUAUGAGGUCCCACUGACAUCACGUAGCAACUCUAAUGACUCAGCAGGAGCCUCGGGAGUUGAUCACAUGUACCACACACUCGAGACACCACGGAAGAUAUGAACUGUCUGAACAAUUAUUUAGGUACAAAUUUAUUAUCCCCAAUUUUUUAUGCCCCUCCAAUCAAAAGUCCUAUAUAAUGCCGAUCUGGAAUCUGCUCCUGACAAUGUUAGUCUCGCACAGCCAUCCCCGGAUGUUUUCUAUUUGAACGCUAGGUCGAUAACAAUUUUUAAUCGGGGCUGGUGCGAGACUAUGACAAUGUGACUACAUGUAUAGUGCUAGU